AUGAACGACUCAAAAUACGGUGUCGACGAGAAGGGUGUAUUCGCAGUGGAAAAAAUUUCCAAAGGUGAAGAAUUGAUUUACGAAUAUAACCCUUUGGUCGAGGAAUGGCCAUUUUAUCCUGAUAAUGAUCAACGAGGAAAAUAUACCAAAGCAGAAUUAUUCAGGUUGAUUGAAAAUAACCCAAAAUUAAGCAAACUCAUUAAUUAUCAAGCAUACAUGGUUGACGAUAAUCUAUUCAAUGUUCCAUUUAAAUAUACAGUCAUGGAUUCUGAUAAUGUUGAUGAUUGUGAAAAGCGUUUUCCCCAUACUUUAUUCAUUAACCAUUCUUGUGACCCAAAUAUUGGCUUUAUUGAAGUCACAAAAUGCUACGCACUACGAGACAUUGAUAUUGGUGAAGAAAUAACACGCAAUUAUGGAUGUCUUCUGACCGAAGAUUCUCUUCAGGUUGGAAUAAAAUGCCAAUGUGAAUCAAAAGAGAAAUGUCAGCAAAUUUUUCGCAUGGAUUUUUAUAAGGACCCAAUAUGGCGACAAGAAAACGAACGAUAUUGCUUCCCCUAUGUUAAAAAGAAGAUCCAAGAAUUACUAUAUAGCAACGAAACAAUUGCUAAAACUGCUAUAGUUGAGCAGCAAAUGUCAAUGCCCGAUGCUAGUAUGUUUUGGCUUGAUGUCCUCCAUGGUUAUCAGCUUGAUCGGUCUCUACCAUUACCAUUUGAUCGAUAUCGUCUUGUGGAUGAAGAUCGAACGGGUCGUGGAGUAUCUGUUUUCGUCGAUUUUGGUGAAGAUCUCUCACAUUACUUUCUUCAUUAUGCAUCAUCAAUGAAUAUAAAACUUGAACAUCUUGUAUUUGCCAUUUAUUAUGCUUUUAUGUUCAAAUUAACAAAUGGAGAGACGGAUUUGUGUGUUGCGGUUAAUACCGAUACUCGACAUAGAGAUGAAUUCAAAACAGCAAUUAGUUUGUUCGAAAAUAUCGUUCCAUUACGGUGUCAAUUAGAUCCUCAUUGGCCUUUCCGGCGGCUCAUCGAACAUAUUUAUGAGAUAAUAACAAGCACUAUGAAGUAUUCUUACUUUCCUCUUAAACGUAUUCUUGCCCAACAUUCCAAUAUUUCAAAGCCUGCAUUUCUCGACAUAUUAUUCGAGUUUCUGUCAAAUGAAAAUGUUGAAAAUAAAGUACUGGUCGAUGAUAGUCGACUUCGUGCCAUGUCAAUGGCCUCAAUCCGAAGUAAUGACGAGGAAAUCAUGAGUAACUUUGAUUUUUCUCUCACUAUGCAACAUAAUUCGAAAACUAAUCAACUAUCAUGCACAAUCAAUGGAUCACUUGAUCUGUUCAAUCGAAAUACAAUUGAAAAGGUUGCACAACGAUUUCAUUCGAUCUGCAAACAAUUGUUUACAUUUGCUCAUGACCAAACAAAUCAAUCAAUCUAUGAACUACCAUUAGUAAUGCCUGAUGAAAGAUUACUCAUGCAAUCAAUAAAUAAUACACAAGUGUUAUUUCCUUCUAGCACUUGUAUUCAUCAAGAGUUUGUCUAUCAAGUAAUGAAACAUCCACAAAAACUAGCUGUUGAACUUGACGACCAAUCAUUAACAUAUUGUGAACUUUUACAUUAUGUUCAAGUAUUAUCUUUAACUCUUCUUAAUGAAUACCAUGUUUCUCCAGGUGAAAUAAUAUGUCAAUGUGUUGAGCGAAGUCUGUCAAUGGUAAUUGGUAUAAUGGCAACUGAAAUGGCUGGUGGUGCUUAUUGUCCAUUAUCACCUCGAGAUCCACAACAUCGUUUGCAUGCGCUAAUACAACAAACUCAAAGUCGUCUUGUUCUUGUUCAUGAUUUAACUAAGACCAAGUUUCAUCAUAAUAUUGUUUCACUUGAUAUUGAUUCAAUAUUGACUGUUUAUAAUAUGGCAAGGAAUAUUGAUAUUGAUCAAUUAUCAAUUAUAAGAAUUACACUCAACGACAUUGCUUAUAUUGUUUUCACAAGUGGUUCGACUGGAAAACCUAAAGCGGUUCAAGUCCAGCACAAGAACUUUACUGGAUUUAUAUGUUCGUACGUUUAUGAUGAUGUAUUGAAUGCAAAGGAUACAAUUCUUCAGAUGGCACGUUGUUCUUUUGAUGUUCAUGUCCACGAUAUAUUGGGCAGUUUUAUGAUUGGAAGUAGUCUGAUUAUACUACAUCCAAGAGGGAUCAUGGACUUUAACUAUCUUGCCAAUGUUAUGAUACAGAAAAAUAUUACUCGUUUUGCUUCUGUUCCAACUAUGAUUAAUGAUUUCUUCACUUUCCUACAACAACAAAAUCAUCAGAAUGUGGCGCAAUACCUGCGAUCAAUUUGUAGUGGGGGUGAGCCUUGCUCUUUGAAAUUAAUAAAUUUAAUAUCAAAUACCGUAACCCAGACGUGUCGACUAUGGAACAUGUAUGGUCCUGCUGAAACAACAAUUGCUUGCACGUUUCAUCUUGUCGAUAUAUCAAUGGAGACUAAAAGCUUUCCUAUAGGCAGACCGCUUUCAAAUUACCAAAACCUAAUUUUACAUGAAUUCGCACAAAGUGCGUUUAUCGAUCAAGAAGGAGAAUUAUUUGUGGGAGGAGCAGGUGUCUUUGCUGGUUAUCUUGCACGUGAUGAUUUAACUGCAAAAGCUCUUGUUGAAAUAGAUGGCGAGUUAUUUUAUCAAACAGGUGAUCUUGUUACAAUGGAUAACAAUGGUCUUCUUCAUUAUCAAGGAAGAAAAGAUCAUCAAAUCAAACUUCAUGGACAACGAAUUGAACUUGGUGAGAUUGAACGAUGUUUACUUAACAUUACAUCCAUCUCUGCUUGUAUCGUCAUGAAAUGGAAUGAUGAUCAUCUAGUUGCUUAUGUUCAAUCUUCUUCUCAUAUGAAUGAGGAAGAACUACGUCAACAUUGCCAAUCUUAUCUCCCACCACAUAUGAUACCAUCAAUAUUCAUCAUUCUUGAUAAAUUACCUCUGAAUCCAAAUGGAAAAAUAGAUCGAAAACUUCUUCCUUCACCUCACUUCUCAUCAACGCAUCUCACCAACGGUAUAGAUCUAUUAUUACCGACAAACGAUAUUGAAGUUAGUAUUCAUCGUAUUUGGUGUGAGAUAUUCAAACAAAAUCCAAUCUCAACUGAUACAAAUAUAUUUACUAUUGGUGGUCAUUCAUUACUAAUGAUAGAACUUUUUCAUCAAUACAAGAUCGAAUUUUACUUAGAACAAAAGCAAAAUACUCUCUCUAUAUCUAAUCUAUUCCAACAUCCAACAAUUAUUCAUCAUGCUCAACUCAUUCAACAAUCUAUCAAUAUCAUCGACACUCUUGACGAUCAUCCUUGGUCUUCAUUACAUCUCAUUCAAGGUAAACAAAGCUAUUUAAAACAGAUAGGAUCAUCAACUAUAUAUAUGUAUUCAUUCUUUUUUCUCAUUCCAGCUCGAGCAUCAUUUGCACAAGAACGAAUCUAUUUAGAUGAACAAAUUCGGUUUUCAUCCAACAAAACAACAAUGAAGAAUAUAUAUGUUAUUCCAUCGCUUUAUCGUAUACCAUCUAUGAAUGAUCAUAUAUCAAUUACUCGAUUAUAUCAUGCAUUUCAAAAUGUUAUCGCAAAACAUCAAAUUCUUCGAACAGCACUUUAUCUUGAUAUAAAUGGCCAUAUCAUACAGCAUUGUUUCAAUACAAAUAUCAUUCUCGAUGAUCAUAUGAAAUCAAAUCGAUUGGCAAUCGUUAAUAUUCAUAAUGAUGAUCAUCGUCAUAUGAAUGAAAUUAUCGAAGAAAUAUUAAAUCAGGCUGAUUCAUCUGAUUUAUCAAAAGGACGUGUUAUUCGUUGUCAUGUUCUUCGUCAUUAUCAUCAAUUUCAAGAUAAUAUCUCAUAUGAGAAUGAUGAUCUAUUAACUGAAAAUGAUCACAUAUUGAUUAGCAUUCACCAUUCAAUGUUUGAUGGAGCAUCAAGAUCAAUCUUUCUUCGUGAUCUUUCUCUUGCUUAUCAAUCUGAUGACUCUGUAUCUAUGGAUGAAAAUACAUUGAAUUAUAUAGAUUAUUCUGUUCAUGAGCAUAUCAUGGAUAUGAGAUUAUCUCGUGAAUUCUGGCAUUCUCAACUUGAAGGAUAUAAUCUUGCGCGCCAAUUAUCAUUACCAGUUGAUCGAAAACGUUCAUCAACUGAUCAACAACGAUCAGGUUUGGCAUCAAUAGCUGAAAUCAUUUUCGAUAACGAAUUAUGCAUAUCAUUUCUAAAUUAUGCAUCAUCACAUCAUCUUACACUCUUUCAACUUGGAUUAUCCGUAUUUUAUGUCUUUCUAUUCAAAUUAACCCAUGGUGAGACUGAUCUAUGUAUUUCUUCUAUCAAUGCUAAUCGAUAUCGAAGUGAAUUGCAGAAUCUAAUUGGAAUGUUUGUUUCAACAUUACCGUAUCGCUUAGAAAUUGAUUCUAUUUGGUCAUUUGAUGAACUUGUUGAGCAUGUACAAGAAAAAUGUUUAUCAAUGCUUGAACAUUCUCAUUAUCCACUUCAACGUAUUCUUGGUGAUAAUCGAUUAAACCAAUCGAAUGUACCAUUUCUUGAGACAAUGUUCGAUUUUAUUACUGUGUCAAAAGAUACGGGACAUUUAUGUUUGGAUGGUGCAAAUUUAGAACAGUUAUCAUUAGAACAAGCAGCUGAAGUAACUAAAUUUGACUUUUCAUUAACAUUUGUAUAUAAUCCAUCAUCCGAUAACAAGAGAUUAUCAUGUCAUUUUGUUUGUUCACGUGAUUUGUUUGAAGAAUUAACUGUUUCACAAGUAGCUCAAAGACUUCACUAUAUGUUUGAGCAACUGUUUCAAAUCCAAUCCAGCAACGUUCCUGUGAUAAAUGUGAGUUCAUCGAUUACCAAACUGUCUCUUAUUCUUCCUGAAGAAGCUGAAGAAACUGAGUUGGUCGUGUUUCAUCGAUUGGAUGAUAUUGUGAAUGAAGCACCAGCAUCAUUUGCACAAGCUCUACUAUGGCAUAAUGAAUCUAUUCAUUUCACUCCGCACAUAUCACAAGUACCAAUCUACAACAUGCCUUUUGUUUAUUCUCUCUACUCACAUCAUACUUUAUCAGUACAACAUCUUCGUCAUGCCCUUCAGCUAAUCGUUACAAAACAUGAACCUCUUCGAACAUCACUCAUCUUUCAUACACACACCAAUCGACUCAUGCAACAAAUUACUGACUUCAGCCAAAAUCACAAUACGUUACUUACAUUUAUUGAAAGCACUUAUACAACACAUCAACAACUUAAUUAUAUCCUGCAUGAAGAAAGACAUAAUCCGCAAUUUUUCGAUCUGGCACAAGGCCUUGUUUUUCGAUGUCAUCUUGUUUACUACAAAUCAGUCCCUUCAGAUCAUCUUCUUUCUGAUACAGAUGUAAUCAUCUUUAAUUUUCAUCAUGCUGUAUUUGAUUAUUCAUCAAUGAAUAUAUUUUUUCAUGAUCUUAAUCAAGCAUAUACUGCAGGUCAAUUAUUAUAUGAUGACAACACUAAUCUUCGUUAUCUCGAUUAUGCUGUUAUUGAACAACAAAUGUCAAUGACUGGUGCAAGCAUGUUUUGGCUUGAUGCUCUUCAAGACUGUAAACUUGAUCAACCUUUGUCAUUACCAUUUGAUCGAUAUCGUCUCGCAAGUCAACAUCGAACUGGUCGUGGAACAUCUAUUUCUUUUGAUUUUAGUCAAGACCUCUCACAUGAAUUUCUUACACAUGCAUCAUCAUAUAAUAUACCGCUUGAACAUCUUACAUUUGCUAUUUAUUUCAUCUUUCUAUUUAAAUUAACUAAUGGACAAACAGAUCUAUGUAUUUCUAUGAACAUCAAUAAUCGAUAUAGAGAUGAACUCAAAGCAAUCAUUGGACUGUUUGAGAAUAUUAUUCCAUUACGAUGUCAAUUAGAUCCUCAUUGGUGUUUUCAUCAAUUCCCCGAACAUGUUCAAGAGAUAACAACAAAGAGUAUGAAAUAUUCGUAUUUUCCACUUCAACGUAUUCUCAAUCAACAUCCACAUAUUUCAAAACAUGCAUUUUUGGAUACAUCUCUGGAAUUUAUCUCAUGCAAGAGCAACGAUGACAAUAAUGCAAUUAUGAUUGGUGAUUCUCAACUUGUUUCAGAAUCUUUCUCAUUCAAUACGAAUGAAGAUGAGAUACUAUGUGUAUCCGACUUCUCUCUUUCCAUUUAUCAAGAUAUGAACAUGAAUCAACUGUCAUGCACAAUCAAUGCAUCACUUGACUUGUUCAAUAGAGACACAGCGGAGAAGAUUUCACAACGAUUUCAUUUCAUGUCACAUCAAUUAUCUACAUCUAUGAUUGAUAAUCAAAUGAACAAACCUAUCUAUGAAUUAUCAUUACUAUUAUCAAAUGAACAAUAUCUAACGCAAUCUUUGAAUAAUACACAAAUAUCAUUUCCAUCUCCACUCACUUGUAUUCAUCAUGAGUUUGUAUAUCAAGUAAUGAAACAUCCACAAAAACUAGCAGUUGAAUUAGAUGAACAAUCAUUAACAUAUUGUGAACUUUUUGCUUAUGUCCAGAUUUUAGCUGUCCAUCUUGUAGAUCAGUAUGGUGUCAUUCCAGGUGAGGUUAUCUCACAAUGUGUUGAACGAAGUCUGUCUAUGGUUAUUGGGAUCAUAGCAAUUGCAAUGGUUGGUGAUGUAUAUUUUCCUUUGUCAUUUCGAGAUCCAGAAAAUCGUCUGCAUAUGCUUUUGCAACAAACACAAAGUCGUCUUAUUCUUUCCCAUUAUCUGACAAAAAAUAAGUUUAACGAUAUUAUCACUACGUUAAACAUUGAUUCUAUAUUGGUUAAUAAUAAUUUAUUUCAACAUAUUAAUAUUGAUCAACUAUCAUCUGUUCAUGUGACUAUCAACAGCAUAGCCUACAUUAUAUUUACUAGUGGUUCAACAGGAACGCCAAAAGGGGUUCGAGUUCGACAUAUAAAUUUUAUUCAAUGUAUCUAUUCUUUAAUGUGCAUUGAUUCAUUUACUAACAAUGAUACAGUGAUUCAAAUGGCUAGAUGUUCAUUUGACAAUCAUAUUCAAGAAAUUAUUGGUUCAUUGAUAAUUGGAGCUACAAUAAUCAUGCUUCGUCCAAGAGGAACUGUUGAAUUGAACUAUCUUGCUGAAAUCAUGAGAAACAAACAAGUUACUUAUAUGCACUCUGUAGCAAGUUUACUUCGCAACUUUUUCACUUUUCUUAAACAGAAUAAUUAUUUACAUUUUAUAAAAUAUCUUAGAUCACUCUGCACUAUCGGUGAGCCAUGUUAUAUGAAGUUAGUCAAAUUAAUCCUCACAGAUCCUGCACAGCAUUUUACGUUUUGGAAUUGGUACGGUUUGACAGAAACUACUGUUGCUUGCACUUUUUAUCCGGUAAACAUUAAAUUCAAUGCAGACAGUAUUUCAAUAGGACGUCCAUUGCCUAAUUAUCGAUAUUUGCUCUUGGAUAAUUUCUUACAAUUUGCCAUCAUUAAUCAAGAAGGUGAAUUAUUUAUAGGAGGUGUAGGUGUUUUCGCUGGUUAUCUUGGACGUGAUGAUUUGACAAAUAGAGCACUGAUUGAAAUCGAUGGUGAGAUAUUCUAUCGAACAGGUGAUCUUGUUAGAAUGGGUAACAAUGAUCUUCUUUAUUGUGUCGGUCGAAAAGAUUUUCAAACUAAAUUACACGGACAACGAAUUGAACUUGGUGAAAUAGAACGAUGUUUACUUAACAUCGCAUCCAUAUCUACUUGUGUUGUCAUGAAAUGGAAUGAUGAUUAUUUGAUUGCUUAUGUUCAGUCUUCUCAUAUCAAUGAAGAACAACUUCGUCAACACUGUGAAUCUCAUCUUCCACCACAUAUGAUACCAUCAAUAUUCAUUAUACUUGAUAAAUUACCAUUGAAUCCAAAUGGUAAAAUAGAUCGAAAACUUCUUCCUUCACCUGACUUUUCAUCAAUACAGCUAACAGACAGUAUCGAUCUAUCAACACCAAGCAAUGAAAUCGAAGCUAGUCUUCAUCGCAUUUGGUGUGAUAUACUACAACAAAAACAAAUCUCGAUCGAUACAGACAUCUUCAGUAUCGGUGGUCAUUCACUUGUUAUCAUGAAACUACAUCAUCGAUAUAAAGUAGAAUUUCAUUUAGAAAAUAGUUCCCUUUCUAUUACUGAUCUGUUUCAACAUCCAACAAUUAUUCGUCAUGCUAAACUUAUUCAUCAAAUCAGCAAUAUCAAACAGAAUAUUCACGAUUGUCGAUGGCUUUCUUUAUAUCUUACUCAAGCUCCAGUAUCUUAUGCUCAGGAACGUAUUUUCUUAGAUGAGCAAAUCCGGUUUUCAUCAGCCGAUAAUAAUACUAACAUAUAUGUUAUUCCAUUAAUUUAUCGUCUUCUAUCUGUGAAUAAUCAUAUAUCAAUUUCACGACUACAACAUGCAUUUCAAAGUGUUAUCACAAAACAUACUAUUCUUCGAACAGCACUUUAUCUUGAUAUCGAUGGUGUCAUUGUACAAGAUUGUCAAGACACGAGUGUUCCGAUUGAUGAUAUCCAAACAUAUAGAUGCUCAGUAGUAAAUAUUUCUGAUGAUGACCAUGGAAAAAAUGAAAUUGUGAGGAAAAUACUAAAUCAAGCUGAUUUAUUUGAUUUAUCAAAAGGACAUGUUAUUAAUUGUCAUAUUCUUCGUCAAUAUCAAUCCAACCACUCAUUCACCCACAAUAACAAUCUUUUAACUAAAGAUGAUCUAAUACUAUUUACCAUUCAUCAUGCAAUGUUCGAUGGAACAUCAGUAUCAAUCUUCGCUCGUGAUCUUUCUCUUGCUUAUCAAUCUGAUGACUCUGUAUCUGUGAAUGAUAACUCAUUGAAUUAUAUCGAUUAUUCUGUUCAUGAGCAUAUCAUGGAUAUGAGAUUAUCUCGUGAAUUCUGGCAUUCUCAACUUGUAGGGUAUAAUAUCGAAUGUUCAUUAUCAUUACCUGUUGAUCGACAACGUUCAUCAACUAGUCAGCAACGAUCAGGUUUAGCAUCCAUAGUUGAAAUUACUUUUGAUAAUGAACUUUGCACAUCAUUUCUAAAUUAUGCAUCAUCACAUCAUCUCACAUAUUUUCAACUUGGAUUAUCCAUAUUUUAUGUCUUUCUAUUCAAAUUAUCCCAUGGUGAGACUGAUUUAUGUAUUGGUUCUAUUAAUGCUAAUCGGUAUCGAAAUGAACUACAAAAUCUAAUUGGAAUGUUUGUUUCAACAUUACCGAAUCGUGUUGAACUUGAUCUCCAUUGGUCAUUUGACGAACUUGUUCAACAUGUACGAGAAAAAUGCUUAUCAAUUCUUGAACAUUCUCAUUAUCCAUUACAACAUAUUCUUGGUGAUAAUCGAUUAAAUCAAUUGAAUAUAUCAUUUCUUGAGACAGUUUUCGAUUUUAUUACUGUGUCAAAAGAUAUAGGACAUUUAUGUUUGGGUGUUGCAAAUUUAGAACGAAUAUCAUUAGAACAAUCACUUGAAGUGUCUAAAUUUGAUUUCUCAGUAACAUUUGUAUACAACCCAUUAUCAGACAAUAAGAGAUUAUCAUGUCGUUUUGUUUGUUCGCGUGAUCUGUUUGAAAACUCAACUAUUUCAAAAAUAGCUCAAAGAUUUCAAUAUAUGUUUGAGCAACUGUUUCACACACAAUCAAGCAACACUCUUGUGAUGAAUGUGAGUUCAUCGAUUAACAAGCUUGGUCUUAUUCUUCCUGAUGAAGCGGAAGAAAUGGAGUUAGUCGUAUUUCAUCGAUUGGACAAUAUUGUGAAUGAAGCACCAGCAUCAUUUGCACAAGCUCGUAUAUGGCUUGACGAAAGAAUUCGAUUCGAUCCGGAAAAACCUCAAAUAGCAAUCUAUAAUAUGCCUUUUGUUUACCGUCUUCAAUCAGGUCAUACUUUAUCCAUUAAACAACUCUGUCAUGCUCUUCAUCUCACUGUUAACAAACAUCCCUCACUUCACACAUUACUUCAUUUUGACAUCGAAAAGAAUCUACUUAUGCAACGAGUUAUUACACAAAAAGAUUACUAUACUGAUAUGUUUUCAAUCAUCGAAAGUACUUAUGAAACAGAUGAACAACUCAAUGAGAUUUUACACGACGAGAGACGUAAUCCUCAUCUUUUUGAUCUUGCACAAGGUCUUGUCUUUCGAUGUCAUAUUAUUUAUUAUCAACAAAUCUCUUCAAAACAUCUUCUUUCUCACAAAGAUCUAAUUAUAUUUAACUUUCAUCAUGCACUGUUCGAUUUUCCAUCAAUGAAUAUAUUUCUUCAUGAUCUUAAUCAAGCAUAUACAACAGGGCAAUUAUUAUAUGAUGACAACACUACUCUACGAUAUCUCGAUUAUGCUGUUAUUGAACAACAAAUGUCAAUGACUGGUGCAAGUAUGUUUUGGCUUGAUGCUCUUCAUAAUUGUAAACUUAAUCAACCUUUGUCAUUACCAUAUGAUCGAUAUCGUCUCUCAAAUGAACAUCGAACUGGUCGUGGAACGUCUAUCUCAUUUGAUUUUGGUCAAGAUCUCUCACAUGACUUUCUUAGUCAUGCAUCAUCAAAUAGCAUAUCACUGGAACAACUUGCACUUGCCACUUAUUAUGUGUUUUUGUUCAGAUUAACAAAUGGAGAAAAAGAUUUAUGCAUUGGAAUAAAUACACAUGGUCGCUAUAGAGAUGAACUUAACUCUAUUAUUGGAAUGUUUGUGAAUGCUAUACCUUUGCGAUGUCAACUUGAUCCUCAUUUAUCAUUUCAUAAAGUCACUAAACAUGUUCAAGAUAAUAUGAUAAACUGUACGAAGUAUUCUUAUUUUCCUCUUCAACGUAUUCUCAAUCAACAUCCCAAUAUAUCAAAUCCUGUAUUUCUUGACACAUCAUCUGAUUUCAUAUCAUCUAUGAUAAAAGAUGAGAAAGAUGAAAUAAUGAUUGGUGAUAGUCGACUUUCUUUACUACCUUUUUCAAUUAAGAUUAGUGAAGAUGAAAUAAUGAGUAAAUUUGAUUUUAUUGUUAGUUUUCAACAUGAUAUGAAUCUAAAUGAAUUCUCAUGUACAAUCAAUGCAUCACUUGAUUUAUUCAAUGUUGAAACAGUUUGUAUAAUUGCGCAAAGAUUACAGACAAUGUUACAACAACAAUUCACAUCUUUUCAAAGUCAAAUAAACAAACCAAUCCAUGAAGUACAAUUAGCAUUACCGACGGAACAAUUACUUUUACAAUCAUUGAACAAUACACAAAUAUCAUUUCCAUCUCCUCUCACUUGUAUUCAUCAUGAAUUUGUAUAUCAAGUAAUGAAACAUCCACAAAAACUAGCAGUUGAACUCGAUGACCAAUCAUUAACAUAUUGUGAACUGUUAUAUUAUGUUCAAGUAUUAUCUUUGACUCUUCUUAAUGAAUAUCAUAUGUUUCCAGGUGAGGCUGUGUGUCAAUGUGUUGAGCGAAGUCUGUCAAUGGUGAUUGGUAUAAUGGCGAUUGAGAUGGCUGGUGGUGUUUAUUGUCCAUUGUCACCUCGAGAUCCACAACAAAGGCUGCAUGCACUCGUAGAGCAAAUCCAAAGCCGUCUUGUUCUUGCUCAUCAUUUAACUAAGAUAAAAUUCGAUGAUGAAAUUGUUGUGCUUGAUAUUGAUUCAAUAUUAAUUAUUCAUGAUCUGAACUGUGACAUGGAUUACAACUGUCUUUCAAGUGUGAUAGUGAAAGGUGAAGAGAUAGCGUACAUUAUUUUCACUAGUGGUUCGACUGGAAUACCCAAAGCGGUUCAAGUUCGACAUAAGAACUUUAUUGAUUGUAUCAAUUCUUUGGCUUAUAUUAACUCAUUGAAUAACGACGAUAUAGUUGUACAAAUGACACGAUGUUCAUUCGAUAUUCAUGUUCAAGAAAUACUUGGUACAUUGUUGCUUGGAGGUACAUUGAUUAUGCUUCAUCCGGGUGGAACUAUUGAUUUUCAUUAUUUAUCCGAAGUGUUACAGGACAAAGAGAUCACGUAUAUACAUACGGUACCAAGUUUUCUACAUAAUUUUUUCGUUUUUAUCGAACAGAACGAGAAAGUAGAUGCUGUAAAAUAUCUGCGAUCACUUUGUAGUAUUGGUGAAGCUUUUGUUGUUCAUUUGAUCGACUUAAUCGUGAAAACUGGUAUAACUAACUGUACUGUGUGGAAUUUAUAUGGUCCAGCUGAAACAACUAUAGUUUCUACCUUCCACAAAGUAGAUCUAACAGAGGAAACACGAAGCGUCUCAAUUGGUAGACCACUUUCUAAUUAUCACUGUAUGAUCAUGAAUGAAUAUUUACAAUCGUCUGUUACUGGUCAACAAGGUGAACUGUUUGUGGGUGGAGCAGGUGUCUUUGCUGGUUAUCUUGGACGUGAUGAUUUAACUGCACGAGCUCUGAUUGAAAUAGAUGGUGAACUAUUUUAUCGCACAGGUGAUCUUGUUAGAAUAGAUAACAAUGGUCUUCUUCAUUAUCAAGGAAGAAAAGAUCAUCAGAUCAAACUACAUGGACAACGAAUUGAACUUGGUGAAAUCGAACGAUGUUUACUCAACAUCACAUCCAUCUCUGCUUGUGUUGUGAUGAAAUGGAAUGAUGAUUAUUUAGUUGCUUAUGUCCAAUCUUCUCAUAUCAAUGAAGAACAACUACGUCAACAUUGUCAAUCUCAUCUUCCACCACAUAUGAUUCCAUCUUUCUUUAUUAUUCUUGAUAAAUUACCUUUGAAUCAAAAUGGAAAAGUAGACAGAAAACAACUUCCUUCACCCAACUUUUCAUUAUCGACUAUAUUAUCACCCGAUAAAUCUGAUACUCCUUUUAAUCAGUUCGAAGAACGUAUACUCACUAUUUGGUGCCAAGUUCUUCAUUCUAAUCAAAAUCACAUUGUUAGAACUGCCAGCUUUUUCAGUGUUGGUGGUCAUUCACUAUUAUUUAUUCAACUUUAUCAUCAUUAUCAAUCAGUAUUUAACUUUGAUGCUCAUACACUUUCAAUUGCUCCAUUUCUUCAACAACCAACUAUUUGUCAGCAUUCACAAUUACUUCAAACAGUUAUAAUGAAUAAUAUCAAGCCAACACAAUGGUACACUUUACAUAUAAAUGAAGGUGUUGCCUCUUUUGCUCAAGAACGUAUUUUUCUCGAUGAACAAGUUCGUUUUUCGGGUGAUAUUGCUGUCUAUAAUGAACUGAUUACUUUACAAGUUGUUCAAGGAUCAUUAUCAUUAAAUCGCUUAUUACAAGCAUUUCGAUAUGUUUUGGAUAAACAUAAAAUAUUACGUACAUCUCUUAUGUUUAACAAUGAUAAUAGUAGUUUGAAACAAUGCAUUACAGAUAUACAUAAAACACUCACAAUAACUCUGAAUCGAACAUUUAAAAAUGAAAAUGAACUUCAAGACAUUAUUUAUCAAACAACUAUUAAUCCUAAUCUCUUUGAUUUAUCAACUGGUCAUGUUUUUCAUGCUGAAAUUCUGAGACAUCGAAUAUCAUUAAAUGAAAAUGAAAAUAAUAAUGAACUCAUAAUGAAUUCUGAUGUUCUCCUCACUGCUUUUCAUCAUGCAGCAUUUGAUCGAUCAAGUCGUUCCAUCUUUUUCAAUGAUCUAUGUUUUGCUUAUAAUACUAAUGCAAUAUUAAUAGAAGAUGAUGAAUCAUUGCAAUAUAUUGAUUAUAGUAUACAUGAACGUCUAAUGGAUAUGACAAUAUCUCGUGAGUUUUGGUAUUUACAAUUAGAAGAAUACAAUUUGGUAUAUCGAUUAUUAUUACCAGUUGAUCGACAACGUGUGUCUAAUGAUCAUCGAUCGAGCUCUGCUUGUAUCACUCAAAUCUCUUUUGACAACGAGAUUUCACAAUCAUUUCUUGAUUAUGCUUCUAUGCAUCAUGUGACACCAUUUCAGUUAGGUUUAACUAUGUUAUAUGCUUUUCUUUUCAAGUUAACACAUGGUGAUAAUGAUUUAUGUAUUUCUUGUCUUAAUGCCAAUCGACAUAAAACUGAGCUACAGAAUAUAAUGGGAAUGUUUGUUUCAACAUUACCAUAUCGUGUUCAACUUGAUCCUCAUUGGUCAUUUGAUGAUCUUGUUGAAAAUGUACGAGAAAAAUGUUUAUCAAUUCUUGAACAUUCUUAUUAUCCGCUUCAACAUAUUCUUGCCAAUUUACAUAUUGAUCAAUCAAACAUUUCAUUUCUCGAAACAAUGUAUGACUUUAUAACUAUAUCAUCACACAACGAUGAAGUAUAUUUAGAUGGAGCAGCUUUUAAACACGUGUCAUUAGAACAAUCGUUUGAAGUGGCUAAGUUUGAUUUCAUGUUAAUGUUUGUCUAUAAUCGAAUAUUGGAAAAUAAUAGAUUAUCAUUCCGUUUAACUUGUUCACAUGAUUUAUUUGAUGAAAUUACAGUUACAAAUAUAGGUCAAAGAUUAGAAUAUUGUUUUCAACAAGUUUUUUCAUCGAAUCAAGCUAUUAAUCGAGAUGAUACAUGUGUUACAUCUAUAUCGAAAAUUAGUCUUAUUCUACCAGAAGAAAUUCAAGAAAUGGAAGAUGUUAUCUUUUGUCGACAACCACAUAUUAUAAACGAAGCACCAGCAUCAUUUGCACAAAUUCGCCUAUGGCGCAAUGAAUCUAUUCAUUUCACUCGUUACAUAACACAAGUACCAGUCUAUAACAUGUCCUUUGUUUACCAUCUACACUCACAUCAUACUUUACCAAUACAACAUCUUCGUCAUGCUAUUCGACUAAUCAUGAAAAAACACCAUUCGCUUCGAACAUCAAUCAUAUUACCUACACAAAACAAUCAACUCAUGCAACAAAUCAUUGAUACAAACGAUCAUAGUAGACAACUUUUUACAUUUAUUGAAAGCGCUUAUACAACCCAUGAACAACUCAGUCAUAUCAUACAUGAAGAAAAAUAUAAUCCUCAACUUUUCAAUCUUGAUCAAGGUCUUGUUUUUCGAUGUCAUAUUGUUUAUUACAAACGAAUCUCCUCAAAUCAUCUUCUUUCUGAUACAGAUGUAAUCAUCUUUAAUUUUCAUCAUGCUGUAUUUGAUUAUUCAUCAAUGAAUAUAUUUUUUCAUGAUCUUAAUCAAGCAUAUACUGCAGGUCAAUUAUUAUAUGAUGACAACACUAAUCUUCGUUAUCUCGAUUAUGCUGUUAUUGAGCAACAAAUGUCAAUGACUGGUGCAAGUAUGUUUUGGCUUGAUGUUCUUCAUGAUUGUAAACUUGAUCAACCAUUAUCAUUACCAUUUGAUCGAUAUCGUCUUGCAAAUGAACAUCGAACUUGUUAUGCAACAUCUAUUUCUUUUGAUUUUGGUCAAGAUCUCUUAUAUGACUUCGUUACACAUGCAUCAUUGAACAACAUAUCAAUUGAACAUCUCACAUUUACUAUUUAUUUCAUCUUUCUAUUUAAACUAACUAAUGGACAAACAGAUCUAUGUCUGGCUAUGAACAUCAAUAACAAUCGAUACAGAGAUGAACUCAAGUCAAUCAUUGGAUUGUUUGAGAAUGUCAUUCCAUUACGAUGUCAACUAGAUCCUCAUUGGUCUUUUCAUCAAUUACUCAAACAUGUUCAAGAAAUAUCAACAAAGAGUAUGAAAUAUUCAUAUUUUCCAUUACAACAUAUUCUCAAUCAACAUGCACAUAUUUCCAAGUAUGCAUUUUUGGAUACAUCUCUGGAAUUUAUAUCAUACAUGAGCAACAAAUCAAUCAUCAUUGGUGAUUCUCAACUUGUUCCAGGAUCUUUCUCAUUCAAUAUUAAUGAAGAUGAGAUAUUAAGUAUGUCCGACUUCUCUCUUUCUAUCUAUCAUGAUUUGAACAUGAAUCAACUGUCAUGUACAAUCAAGGCAUCACUUGACUUAUUUAAUCGAGAGACAGCGGAGAAGAUUUCACAACGAUUUCAUUUCAUCUUCAAUCAAUUAUCUGCAUCUAUUAUGCACAGUCAAAUAAACAAACCUAUUUAUGAAUUAUCAUUAACAUUAUCAAACGAACAAUAUCUAAUGCAAUCUUUGAACAAUACACAAAUACCAUUUUCAUCUUCUCUCACUUGUAUCCAUCAUGAGUUUGUAUAUCAAGUAAUGAAACAUCCACAAAAACUAGCUGUUGAACUCGAUGAACAAUCAUUAACAUAUUGUGAACUCUUGCAUUAUGUCCAAGUCUUAUCGUUAACUCUAGUUAAUGAAUAUCAUGUUUCUCCAGGUGAGAUCGUGUGUCAAUGUGUUGAGAGAAGUUUAUCAAUGGUGAUUGGUAUUAUGGCAAUUGAGAUGGCUGGUGGUGUUUAUUGUCCAUUAUCACCUCGAGAUCCACAACAUCGUUUAAAUGCACUCACACAACAAACUCAAAGUCGUCUUGUUCUUGUUCAUGAUUUGACUAAGACUAAAUUCAAUUAUGACACUGUUGCAUUUGAUAUAGAUUCAGUAUUAACGAGUCAUGUCACUGGAUGUGUUAUUGAUGUGAUCCGACUGGAAAAAGUUAGAACAGUAUCAGAGGACGUCGCGUACAUUAUUUUUACAAGUGGUUCAACUGGAACACCAAAAGCAGCUCAAACACGGCAUCGAAACUUCACAAAUUUUGUACAUUCUAUACAGAAUGCUGAUGUAUUAAACGAGCAAGAUGUUGUUGCACAGAUAUGUGCUUCGACAUACGAUGUACAUGUCAUGGAAAUCAUGGGUAGUUUACUUUCGUCCGCGACUGUUGUGAUGUUACAUCCAUACGGCAAUAUGGAUUUUGAAUAUUUUGCUCACACACUGGAACAUAAACAGAUCACAUGCCUUGCACCUGUUCCAACCUUCUUAAAUCAUUUAUGCGAUUUUCUUGCUCAUUCCAAUCACUAUCCUUUGUCAUCUGUGCGAUCACUUUGUAUUGGCGGUGAACCAUUUUCACUAAAACUCGUUCACCGUCUCAGAAACCAUAUUAAAAGUAAGUAUUAUAUGCAUAAUAUAUAUGCACCGGCUGAAUGUACCAUUGUCUCAAUAUGUCAUCGUAUCGACACCGCAUCUGUUGGGAGCAAGAUUCCUCUUGGUAGAGUUCUGGCCAACGAACAAUACAAGGUUCUAGACAUUUUUUUGGAGCCAACAGCGAUCGGAGAAGAAGCUGAAUUGUUUAUUGGUGGAGUGGGUGUCUUUGCUGGUUACAUUGGACGUGAUGAUUUAACUGCAAAAGCUCUUCUUGAAAUAGAUGGUGAACUAUACUAUCGCACAGGUGAUCUUGUUACAAUGGAUAACAAUGGACUAAUUCAUUAUCAAGGAAGAAAAGAUCAUCAAAUCAAACUACAUGGACAACGAAUUGAACUUAGUGAAAUCGAACAAUGCUUACUUCAAACAUCGAUUUCAGCUUGUGUUGUCAUGAAAUGGAAUGAUGAUCAUUUAGUUGCUUAUGUGCAAAGUUUUGACAUUGAUGAAACACUAUUACGAGAACAUUGUCAAUCUCAUCUACCACCACAUAUGAUUCCAUCUUUCUUCAUUAUUCUUGAGAAAUUACCUCUGAAUGCAAAUGGAAAAAUAGAUCGAAAACUUCUUCCAUUACCUCACUUCUCACCAAUACAUCUCGUAAACAAUAUCGAAUUACUACCGCCAACAAAUGAUAUUGAAAUUAGUAUUUAUCGCAUCUGGUGUGAGAUAUUCAAACAUAAUCAAAUAUCAAUUGAUACAAAUAUCUUUACUAUUGGUGGUCAUUCGUUACUUAUGAUGCAACUUUUUCAUCGAUAUAAGAUCGAAUUUCAUUUAGAUACAAACACUCUUUCAAUAUUCAACUUAUUUCAAUAUCCAACGAUUAUUCAUCAUGCUCAACUCAUUCAGCAAUCUAUCAAUACCAUCCAUACUCUCGAUGACUAUCUGUGGUCGUCAUUAUAUCUCACUCAAGCUCGAGCAUCAUUUGCACAAGAACGAAUCUAUUUAGAUGAACAAAUUCGGUUUUCAUCCAACAAAACAACCAUGAAGAAUAUGUAUGUUAUUCCAUUACUUUAUCGUAUAUCAUCUAUGAAUGAUCAUGUGUCAAUUACUCGAUUAUAUCAUGCAUUUCAAAGUGUUAUCACAAAACAUAAUAUUCUUCGAACAGCACUUUAUAUUGAUGAUACAAAGAACAAUAUCAUACAACACUGUUUAGAUGCAAAUAUCAUUCUCCAGGAUGAUAUGAAAUCAUAUGGAUUGACAAUUGUUAAUAUUCAUAAUAAUGAUCGUCGUCAUAUGAAUGAUAUUAUCACAGAAAUAUUAAAUCAAGUUGAUUUAUUUGAUUUAUCAAAAGGACAUGUUAUACGUUGUCAUAUUCUUCGUCAUUAUCAUCAAUCUCAAGAUAGCAUCUCAUAUAAGAAUGAUGAUCUAUUGAGUGAAAAUGAUCACAUAUUGAUUAGUAUUCAUCAUGCAGUGUUUGAUGGAGCAUCUGUAUCAAUCUUUCUUCAUGAUCUUUCUUUUGCUUAUCAAUCCGAUGACUUGUUCUCUAUAGAUGAAAACUCAUUACAAUACAUUGACUAUUCUGUCCAUGAACAUAUCAUGGAUAUGUCAUUAUCUCGUGAAUUUUGGCACUCUCAAAUUGAAAGAUACAAUAUCAAAUAUUCAUUAUCAUUACCAUCUGAUCGACAACGUUCAUCAACUAAUCAACAACGAUCAGGUUUAGCUUCUUCAGCUCAAAUCGCUUUUGAUGAUGAAAUAUGCACAUCAUUUCUAAAUUAUGCAUCAUCACAUCAUCUCACACUCUUUCAACUUGGAUUAUCCAUAUUUUAUGUAUUUCUGUUCAAAUUAACUCAUGGUGAGACUGAUUUAUGUAUUUCUUCUAUCAAUGCUAAUCGAUACCGAAGUGAAUUAGUGAAUAUGAUAGGAAUGUUUGUUUCAACAUUACCAUUUCGUGUUGAGCUUGAUCCCCGUUGGUCAUUUGAUGAAGUAGUCAAAUAUGUACGCGAUAAAUGUUUAUCGAUUCUUCAACAUUCUCAUUAUCCAUUACAACAUAUUCUUGAUGAUAAUCGAUUAAAGCAGUCAAAUGUAUCAUUUCUUGAGACAAUGUUUGAUUUUAUUACUGUGUCUAAAGAUGUCGAACAUUUAUGUUUGAGUGAUACAAAUUUAGAGAAAAUAUCAUUAGAACAAUCAGCUGAAGUAUCUAAAUUUGACUUCUCAUUAAGAUUUGAAUACAAUCCAUUAUCAGAUAACAAGAGAUUAUUGUGUAAUUUUGUUUGUUCACGUGAUCUGUUUGAAAAAUCAACUAUUUCACAAAUAGCUCAAAGAUUUCAAUAUAUGUUUGAGCAAUUAUUUCGAACACAAUUAAGCAACAUUUCUUUAAUGAAUGCGAGUUCAUCGAUUAACAACGUAUGUCUUGUUCUUCCCGAGGAAGCUGAGGAAAUCAAAUUGGUCGUGUUUCAUCGAUUGGAGAAUAUUGUGAAUGAAGCACCAACAUCAUUUGCACAAGCUCGUAUUUGGCAUGACGAAAAAAUUCGAUUCGAUCCAGACAAACCUCAAACAGCAGUCUAUAAUAUGCCUUUUAUCUAUCGCCUGCAACCAGGUCAUACUUUAUCGAUUAAACAACUUCAUCAUGCUCUUCAUCUCACUGUUAACAAGCAUCCAUCACUUCAUACAUUACUUUAUUUUGAUAUCCAAAAGAAUCUUCUUAUGCAACGAGUUAUUACUCAUGAAGAUAAAAACAAUACCAAUAAUAUGUUUUCAAUCAUCGAAACUAUUUAUCAAACAGAUGAACAAUUGAAUGAGAUUUUACACGAUGAGAAACGUAAUCCUCAUCUUUUUGAUCUUGCUCAAGGUCUUGUCUUUCGAUGUCAUAUUAUUUAUUACAAACAAAUCUCUUCAAAUCAUCUUCUUUCUCACAAUGAUCUACUUAUAUUCAACUUUCAUCAUGCUCUAUUUGAUUUUCCAUCAAUGAAGAUCUUUCUUUAUGAUCUUAAUCAAGCAUAUACAACAGACCAAUUAUUAUAUGAUGAGAACACUACUCUACGUUAUCUCGAUUAUGCUGUUAUUGAACAACAAAUGUCAAUGACUGGUGCAAGUAUGUUUUGGCUUGAUGCUCUUCAUGAUUGUAAACUCGAUCAAUCUCUAUCGUUACCAUUUGAUCGAUAUCGUCUUGCAAAUGAACAUCGAACUGGUCGUGGAACAGCGAUCUCAUUUGAUUUUGGUCAAGAUCUUUCACAUGACUUUCUUAUCCAUGCAUCAUCAAAUAAUAUAUCACUUGAACAUCUUACAUUUGCUAUUUAUUUCAUCUUUCUAUUUAAAUUGACUAAUGGACAAACAGAUCUAUGUAUUGCUAUGAACAUCAAUAAUAAUCGAUAUAGAGAUGAACUCAAAUCUAUAAUUGGACUGUUUGAGAAUGUUAUUCCAUUACGAUGUCAAUUAGAUCCCCACUGGUCUCUUCAUCAACUAUUCGAACACGUUUCAGAGAUAACAACACAAAGUUUGAAAUAUUCCUAUUUUCCACUUCAACGUAUUUUUGAUCAACAUCCACAUAUUUCAAAACAUGCAUUUCUUGAUAUAUCAUUUCAAUUUCUAUCAUCUAUGACAUUAACUGACAAUAAAUUAAUAAUGAUUGGUGAUAGUCAACUUUCAUCAAUACCUUUCAUAAUGAACAUUAAUGAUAAUGAGAUUAGAAAUAAGUAUGAUUUCUCACUUAUAAUUCAACAUGAUCUCAAUGUCAAUCAACUCUUAUGCACAAUCAAUGCAUCACUUGAUUUAUUCAAUGUACAAACAAUUGAUAAGAUAUCUCAACGAUUUCAUUCAAUCUUGAAACAAUUAUUUACAUCUGUUGAUAAUCAAAUGAAUGGACCAAUCUAUGAAAUAUCAUUAACAUUACCAAAUGAAAGAUUACUUAUGCAAUCAAUGAACAAUACAGAAGUAUCAUUUCCAUCUCCUGUCACUUGUAUUCAUCAUGCAUUUGUAAGUCAAGUAAUGAAACAUCCACAAAAACUAGCUGUUGAACUAGAUGAACAAUCUUUGACAUAUGCUGAACUUUUACAUUAUGUCCAAGUAUUAUCUUUAACUCUUGUUAAUGAAUAUCAUGUGGUUCCAGGUGAAAUCAUUUGUCAAUGUGUUGAGAGAAGCUUGUCUAUGGUUGUUGGUAUCUUGUCAAUAACUAUGGUUGGUAGUGCUUAUUGUCCGUUAUCAUUACGAGAUCCUCCACAACGUCUACAAGCUCUUCUUAAUCAGACUAAGAGUCGUUUAGUUUUGGUUGAUGCAAAUACACCAGUUGUUUUCAGCUCCGACAAUCUAACUCUAAAUAUUGACUGUGUUAUUCGUCUCGAAGAAAGAUUUAGUGAGAUUAAUCUGAAUGAACUUUCCAAUGUUCCUGUAACACCAGAAACUGUUGUCUUUGUAAUUUUUACAAGUGGCUCAACUGGUAUUCCAAAAGCGGUUCAACUGCGUCAUCGAAACUUCACAGAGUUUAUGCAUUCAUUUGUGAAUGUUGAUGUAGUAACAAAGUCUGAUACAAUAAUACAGAUGGCUCGGUGUUCUUUUGACAAUCAUCUCCUAAGCUUAGUCGGUACAUUGGUUAUUGGUAGCACAUUAGUGAUGCUUCGACCGGAAGGCAAUAUGGAUUUAGAAUAUCUUGCUGGAGUCCUCGAUCAAAAGCAGAUUACUGUCAUGCAUGCUGUUCCAUCGCUUCUGAACAGUUUAUUUGAAUUUCUCAGAAUUAAUAAGCGUACAUCAGCAGUUAAAUAUUUACGAUCCUUAUGCAGUGGUGGCGAGGCAGUUAAUGUUAAGCAAGUUAAUCUAUUUCAAAAUUUAGUUGGAAAGCAAUGUCGAAUUCGAAAUCAUUAUGGUCCAGCCGAAAUCACGAUCAAUUGUGCUUGUUAUUUAAUUGACCUGAGCAAAAGCCAAACAAGCAUUUCUAUAGGUCAACUUUUACCCAAUUACCGGUGUCUGAUUUUAGACGAAUUUUCUCAGUGUGUCUGUAUUGGGCAUGAAGGAGAAUUGCUAGUGAGUGGUGUAGGUAUGUUUGCUGGAUACUUUGAUCGUGAUGAUUUGACUACCAAGGCAAUGAUCAAUAUCAACGGGCAAAUGUACUAUAAAACAGGUGAUCUUGUUACAAUCGAUAACAAUGGUCUUCUGCAUUAUCAAGGAAGAAAAGAUCAUCAAAUCAAACUACAUGGACAACGAAUUGAACUUGGUGAAAUCGAACGAUGUCUCCUCAACAUUACAUCCAUCUCUGCUUGUGUUGUCAUGAAAUGGAAUGAUGAUUAUUUAGUUGCUUAUGUUCAAAGCUGUAAUGUUAAUGAACAGGAAUUGCGUGAACAUUGUCAAUCUCAUCUUCCACCACAUAUGAUUCCAUCCAUAUUCAUUGUACUUGAUAAAUUACCUUUGAAUCAAAAUGGAAAAAUAGAUCGAAAACUUCUUCCACCGCCUCACUUCUCAUCCGCACAUCUCACAAACAGUUUAGAACUACUACUACCAACAAAUGAUAUUGAAGUUAGCAUUCAUCAUAUUUGGUGUGAGGUAUUCAAACAAAAUCAAAUCUCAGUUGAUACAAAUAUCUUUACUAUCGGUGGUCAUUCAUUAAUCAUGAUGCAACUUUUUCAUCGAUACAAGAUCGAGUUUCAUUUAGAAACAAAUGCUCUUUCCAUUACUCACUUAUUUCAGCAUCCAACAAUUAUUGAUCAUGCUCAACUCAUUUAUCAAACUAUCAAUAUGAAAGGAGAUAUCAAUAACUAUAAUUGGUCCUCAUUACAUAUCAUGAAAGCUAAAGCAUCAUUUGCUCAAGAACGUAUUUUCUUAGAUGAGCAAAUUCGAUUUUCAUCAACAGCUGAUAAUAAUACUAACAUGUAUGUUAUACCAUUAAUCUAUCGUAUUUCAUCUAUGAAUGAUCAUAUAUCUGUUUCACGAUUACAACAUGCAUUUCAAUCUAUCAUUACAAAACAUCAAAUUCUUCGAACAGCACUCUAUCUUGGCACAGAUGGUACUAUUAUACAACAUUGUUCAGAUAACAAUGUUAUUUUUGAUGAGAAACAAUCAUCGAAAUUUUCAAUAAUUAAUUUCUCUGAUGAAGAAUAUGAACAGGAUGAACUUGUAAAGAAGAUCUUAAAUCAAUCAGAUUUAUUUGAUUUAUCAAAUGGCUCUGUUAUUAAUUGUUACAUUCUCCGCCAGGAUCAAUCAAAUCAUUCAUUCACUCAGAAUAAUAUUGAUCUAUUGACUAAAGAUGAUCUCAUAUUAUUUACUAUUCAUCAUGCUUGCUUUGAUGGAGCAUCAACAUCAGUCUUUACUCAUGAUCUUUCUCUUGCUUAUCAAUCUAAUGAUUCGUUGCUUGCAGAUGAUAAUUCAUUACAAUAUAUUGAUUAUUCUAUUCAUGAAUACAUAAUGGAUAUGACAUUAUCUCGUGAAUUCUGGCAUUCUCAACUUGAUGGUUACAAUAUGGAAUGCUCAUUACCAUUACCGAUUAAUCGACAACGUUCAUCAGUUAAUCAACAACGAUCAGGUUCAGCAGCCACAGCUGAAAUCACUUUUGAUAAUGAACUAUGCACAUCAUUUCUAAAUUAUGCAUCAUCACAUCAUAUCACACUAUUUCAACUUGGAUUAUCCACAUUUUAUGUCUUCCUAUUCAAAUUAACUCAUGGACAAACUGAUUUAUGUAUUGGUUCUAUCAAUGCUAAUCGAUAUCGAAGUGAAUUAGUGAGUAUGAUAGGAAUGUUUGUAUCAACAUUACCAUAUCGUGUUGAACUUGAUCCCUAUUGGUCAUUUAAUGAAGUAGUCAAAUAUGUACGCGAUAAAUGUUUAUCGAUUCUUCAACAUUCUCAUUAUCCAUUACAACAUAUUCUUGAUGAUAAUCGAUUAAAUCAACCACAUGUGUCAUUUCUUGAAAUAAUGUUUGAUUUUAUUAGUGUAUCGAAAGAUAUGGAACAUUUAAAUUUGAAUGAUGCUAAUUUAGAACAAGUACCUAUAGAACAAUCAGCUGAAGUGUCUAAAUUUGACUUUUCAUUAAUAUUUGUAUACAAUCCAUUAUCAGAUAACAAGAGAUUAUCAUGUCGUUUUGUUUGUUCACAUGAUUUGUUUGAAAAAUCAACUAUUUCAAAAAUAGCUCAAAGAUUUGAAUAUAUGUUUGAACAAAUGUUUCAAACACAACCAAGCAACAUUCCUGUGAUUGAUAUGAGUUCACCUAUUAGCAAACUGUCUCUUGUUCUUCUUGAAGAAGCUGAAGAAAUGGAGUUAGUCGUAUUUCAUCGGUUGAAGAAUAUUGUGAAUGAAGCACCAGCAUCAUUUGCACAAGCUCGUAUAUGGCUCGAUGAAAGAAUUCGGUUCGAUCCAGACAAGCCACAAGUAGCAAUCUAUAAUAUGCCUUUUGUUUAUCGUCUGCAACCAGGUCAUAAUUUAUCGAUUAAACAACUUCGUCAUGCUCUUCAUCUCACCGUUAACAAACAUCUCUCACUUCAUACAUCACUUCAUUAUGAUACUCAAAAGAAUCUACUUAUGCAACGAGUUAUUACUCAUGAAGAUAAACAUAAUAACAGUAAUCUGUUUUCAAUCAUCGAAACUACUUAUCAAACAGAUGAACAACUGAAUCAGAUUUUACACGACGAGAAACGUAAUCCUCAUCUUUUUGAUCUUGCUCAAGGUCUUGUCUUUCGAUGUCAUAUUAUUAAUUACCAGCAAAUCUCUUCAAAUCAUCUUCUUUCUCACAAAGAUAUACUUAUCUUUAACUUCCAUCAUGCUCUAUUUGAUUUCCCAUCAAUGAAUAUCUUUCUUCAUGAUCUCAAUCAAGCAUAUACAACAGGUCAAUUAUUAUAUGAUGACAACACUAAUCUUCGUUAUCUCGAUUAUGCUGUUAUCGAACAACAAAUGCCAAUGAGUGAUGCAAGUAGGUUUUGGCUUGAUGUUCUUCAUGAUUGUAAACUUGAUCAACCUUUACCAUUACCAUUUGAUCGAUAUCGCCUCUCAAAUGAACAUCGAACUGGUCGUGGAACAUCUAUUUCUUUUGAUUUUGGUCAAGAUCUUUCACAUGAUUUUCUUCUUCAUGCAUCAUCAAAUGAUAUAUCACUGGAACAUCUUGCACUUGCUACUUAUUAUGUAUUUUUGUUUCAAUUAACGAAUGGAGAAAAAGAUUUAUGCAUUGGAAUAAAUACACAUGGUCGAUAUAGAGAUGAACUUAGCUCUAUUAUUGGAAUGUUUGUGAAUGCUAUACCUUUGCGAUGUCAGCUCGAUCUUCAUUUAUCAUUUCACAAAGUCACUAAGCAUGUUCAAGAUAAUAUGAUAAAUUGUAUUAAAUAUUCAUAUUUUCCACUUCAACGUAUUCUCAGUCAACAUCCAAAUAUAUCUAAUCCUGUGUUUCUUGAUACAUCCUUUGACUUUCUAUCGUCGACGACAAAAGAUGAGGAGAAUGAAAUAAUGAUUGGUGAUAGCCAAUUUUCUUUACUACCUCAUUCAAUCAAGAUUAGUGAAGAUGAAAUAAUGAGUAAAUUUGAUUUUAUUCUUAGUUUUCAACAUGAUCUCAAUCUAAAUGAAUUCUCAUGCACCAUUAAUGCAUCGCUUGAUUUAUUUAAUGCUGAAACAGUUUGCAUAAUUGCACAAAGAUUACAGACAAUGUUAUACCAAUUAUCUGCAUAUAUUAUUCAUAAUCAAAUAAGCAAACAUAUUCAUGAGCUAUCAUUAACAUUAUCAAAUGAACAAUAUCUAAUGCAAUCAUUGAAUAAUACACAAAUAUCAUUUUCAUCUCCUGCCACUUGUAUUCAUCAUGAGUUUGUUUAUCAAGUAAUGAAGCAUCCACAAAAACUAGCUGCUGAACUUGAUGAACAAUCUUUGACAUAUUGUGAACUUCUAUAUUAUGCUCAAGUGUUAUCUUUGACUCUUCUUAAUGAAUAUCAUGUGUUUCCAGGUGAGAUCGUGUGUCAAUGUGUUGAGCGAAGUUUGUCAAUGGUGAUUGGUAUAAUGGCGAUUGAAAUGGCUGGUGGUGUUUAUUGUCCAUUAUCACCUCGAGAUCCACAACAUCGUUUAUAUGCACUCAUACAACAAACACAAAGUCGUCUUGUUCUUGUUCAUGAUUUAACUAAAACCAAAUUCGAUGAUGAUAUAGUUUCACUUAAUAUUGAUUCGAUAUUAAAUAUUAACGAUAUAGAUAAGAAAGGUCUUUCAAGUGUGAUAAUGACAGAUGAAGAGAUAGCCUACAUUAUUUUCACAAGUGGUUCGACUGGAACACCCAAAGCGGUUCAAGUUCGUCAUAAGAACUUCAUUGAUUCUAUGCAUUCUUUGACUUAUAUUAACUCAUUGAAUAAAGACGACACAGUUGUACAAAUGACACGAUGUUCAUUUGAUAUUCAUGUUCAAGAAAUACUUGGUACCUUACUGUUUGGUUGUACAGUGAUUAUGCUUCAUCCAGGCGGAAUGACUGAUUUUGAUUAUUUAUCCAAUGUCUUACAAAAAAAACAGAUCACAUAUCUUAGCACUGUUCCAAGUUUAUUGCAUAGUUUUUUCAUUUUUAUCGAGCAUAAGAAGAAAGUACAUGCUGCGAAAUAUCUUCGAUCACUUUGCAGCGGUGGUGGACCUUUUUCUGUUCCUUUAAUUGAUUUGAUUGUGAAAAUCGGUUUACAAAACUAUAUUAUAUGGAAUUUGUAUGGUCCAGCUGAAACAACUAUAACUUGUACAGGGCAUCGUAUUAACGCCACAAAUGGUAUACAGAGCAUCCCAAUUGGUACACCACUUUCAAAUUAUCGAUGUAUGAUUAUGAAUCAAUAUUUACAAUCAUCAGCGAUCAAUCAAGAAGGAGAACUGUUCAUAGGUGGAGUGGGUGUCUUUGCUGGAUAUCUUGGUCGUGAUGAUUUAACUGCAAAAACUCUUCUUGAAAUAGAUGGUGAACUGUUUUAUCGAACAGGUGAUCUUGUUAGAAUUGAUGACAAUGGUCUUCUUUAUUAUCAAGGAAGAAAAGAUCAUCAAAUCAAACUUCAUGGACAACGAAUUGAACUUGGUGAAAUCGAACGAUGUUUACUCAAUACAUCUAUUUCUGCUUGUGUUGUCAUGAAAUGGAAAGAUGAUUACUUAGUUGCUUAUGUUCAAUCUUCUCAUAUCAAUGAAGAACAACUACGCCAACAUUGUCAAUCUCAUCUUCCACCACAUAUGAUACCAUCAAUAUUCAUUAUACUGGAUAAACUACCCUUAAAUCCAAACGGAAAAGUAGAUCGAAAACUUCUUCCGUCACCAGACUUCUCUUUCUCGACUUUGUUAUCUUCCGAUAAAUCUGAUACUCCUCUUAAUCAGUUCGAAGAACGUAUACACACUAUUUGGUGUCAAGUUCUUCAUUCUAAUGAAAACCACAUUUCUAGAACUACCAGUUUUUUUAGUGUUGGUGGUCAUUCACUUUUAUUUAUUGAACUUUAUCAUCAUUAUCAAUCAGUAUUUGACUUUGAUACUCAUACACUUUCGAUUGCUCCAUUUCUUCAACAAUCAACUAUUCAACAACAUGCACAACUACUUCAAACACUUCCAUCUAAUGAUACGCAGACAACACUAUGGCAAUCACUACAUAUCAAUCAAGGUAAAACAUCUUUAAAUUAA